AUGCCCCUCACUAUCCACCACCUCCAAGUCUCGCAGUCCGAGCGAGUCCCCUGGCUCUGCGAGGAGCUUGGGAUUGAAUACACGCUGAAAAACUACCAGCGUGCACCUCUCUUUGCCCCUGCAGACUACAAGGCGCUGCACUACACGGGAACGGCUCCCAUCAUCCAGGAUGGUGAUGCCACCAUCGGUGAGAGCGGCGCUUGUCUUGAAUACAUUGCCCAUCGCUAUGGCGGCGGCAAGUUCACACUGGAUCCCAAGGAUCCUGUGUAUGCUGAUUACCUCUACUGGUGGCACUGGGCCAAUGGCAGCUUCCAGCCCUUGGUUGGCCGCAUCAUGGGCAAUCAGCUGGGCGGAGCGAACUCGGAGGACUUGAUGGUCAAGCACACCAACCACCGAUUCGCGAGCAAUCUCAAGGCUCUGGAUGAGAGAGUAGCUGCUAACGAGUGGCUUGCUGGCAAAGAAUUCACCCUUGCCGACAUCAUGCUCGUCUUCUCGCUGUCUACCAUGCGCUACUUUGCGACGUACAGCCUGGCCGACUAUCCCAACAUUGUCAAGUAUCUUGAACGCAUCGGCAAGCGUGAUGGUUACCAGAAGGCUAUGAAGAAGUCUGAUCCUGAUAUGGUUCUUGCUCUUGGUGCCGAGCCUCCAGCCAAUUUCAUCCUGGCAGUCCGGAAGAAGCAAGCUGCUUAA